GAAGCGGCACGGGACCAGCUGAACGAAGGCAGCGGCAAAAGCUCCGCCUCCCCUCAGGAGGGCAGGGAGCGGGAAGCGGAAGUGGCGGCGCUGUGAGCGCGCGCGCGCGGCCGUGUCUGCCUGCCUGCCUCUUCGCGAGGGAAACGACGCGACUAAGAGGUGCUUGUAUCCAUCAGCACAUUCCCAUGUGAAGAUCUGUAUGUGUACUGCAUAAGAGCUGCUUAAUUUGCCUUAUGAAUGUGUGAUGCCUGAGUUAAAAGUUUACUGUGACCCUAAGGCAUGACAUAAUAAAGCAGUAGUGCUGUAAAAUGGCUAAGAGAGUGGCGGAGAAGGAGCUGACUGACAGGAACUGGGAUCAAGAAGAAGAAACGGAGGAGGUGGGAACUUUCUUAGUGGCCAGCGAAGAGGUUUUGAAGAACAGAGCAAUUAAGAAGGCAAAACGUAGAAAUGUGGGGUUUGAGUCUGAGAGCGGAGGAGCUUUUAAAGGUUUUAAAGGUUUCGUUUUAUCUUCUGGAGGAGGUGGAUUUUCUGGCUUCGGCAAUGGCACUGGAACUAAGUCUUUAGGAGGACUAUCCAAUGGCAGCAGUAGCAGUUCAAAUAGUUCAUCGUUCGCCAACUUAAAGACAGCUGCUAAAACACAGACUACAUUUAGUUCUGUGGUAUCCAGUGGUGCAGUGAAUAAUACUGUGAUUGAGAAAAAGCCCGUAAGUGUGGAAGCAAAUGGUGAGAGCCAGCAGCCAUUGUCCUCCGGAUUCAUUCAGAACAAAGCAUGCAGCCCUGAUGUUUAUCAUAAACAGUUAGCUGCUCUAAAUUGUUCAGUGCGUGACUGGAUAGUAAAACAUGUAAAUGCCAAUCCACUCUGUGACCUGACGCCGAUCUUCCGAGACUAUGAGAAAUAUUUAGCUGAGAUAGAACAACAUGGAAUCAGUAGUGACAGCAGCUCUGAAAGUGACAGUAAUAAGGCAGCUGGAACUCAACCAGCCUCUGCAUUUGGAAGUCCCAAUUUUCAGCAAAGUUCAGCGUUCUUCUUUAAUAGCAACAAAUCUGAGGAUACAUCAGGAAAGAAACCAGAAUUGGAAAAGAAAACAGAACCAAAACUAGGGUCUAUGUCAACUGUCUCAUUUACAUUUAGCAAGAGUGUUGACAGCUCUGGUCUGAAUUCUGGUGCAUUGCCUAGUUUCUCAUUCUCUCCUGGAAGUGCAAGUUUAUUUGGAAAAGAUCCAAACCAGGGCAAGGUUGUUCCUUCAUUUUCCAGCAAAGCGUUAGAUACUCAGGCAGAAAGUGGAGGCCAUGAAGAUAAAGGGGGUGAAGAAGAGGACGAGGAGCCACCAAAAGUAAUAGUUAAUGAAAUAAAGGAAGAUGAUGCCUUCUACUCAAAGAAAUGCAAAGUUUUCUACAAGAAAGAUAGUGAAUUUAAAGAAAAAGGAGUAGGAACGCUACACUUAAAAUCUGCAGGAAAUCAGAAGAUUCAACUAUUAGUGCGGGCAGAUACAAAUUUAGGCAACAUCUUGCUGAACAUUUUGGUGCCCCCUAAGAUGCCAUGCACAAGAACAGGGAAAAACAAUGUGCUUAUUGUCUGUGUUCCAAAUCCACCCAUUGAUGAAAAGAAUGCUACAGUCCCUGUUCCUAUGUUGAUAAGAGUGAAAACAAGUGAAGAUGCAGAUGAAUUGCACAGAGUCCUACUGGAGAAGAAGGAGAUUUAAAAUCUGGCCCAUUAAAAUUUACAGGGAAAACUUGCAAAACUGCUGCUGCUCAUUUCCCCCGUUGACUUUAUAGUAACUUUUAAAAUCACUUCUCUAACAUUCUAAGGACUGUUUAGGAACUCUGAAGAGUUUUGAUGAGGGAAAGAAACUAAGAUGGCCAAUAAAAGCUUUAACUUAACACAAGAGUCAAUUUUUCCUCCCUUCUAAUUUGAAAUAUCUAAUUCAUGAACCACAUUUGAAUAAAACGUGGAUAUCAAAAAAUUAAACAUUUUUAUUAUACAGAACAAAAAUGAUGUACACUUGAAUGGUGUAAAGUACUACACCAGAAAUGGUGUAGGGAGAAUAUUGUGUGGCAGGAAGAAAGAUUUGAGAAAUUUGACCUUACAUCCAAGAUCAUACUGAAAUAAAUCCCUCUCUUCAAGGUGAAACGGCUGCUCAGAGUAUGUUGGAGGAACAAGUGUUUCAAACCAAACUGUAUAAUUUUGUUUUUGAGUAAUACCACUGCUGGAGUACACUGAAUUUUAAGAUCGCAUUUGAGGGUGGGGUUUAUCAGGAAAAUUGUUUGCAAGUUAUCUGCAGAGUUCUUCUGAAAAUAACUGCCCCUUUAUGGUGCUUGUACGCCAGUUAUACGGCUGUGUCUCCUGAGAGAGAGGUUUAGAUCCCAAAGUUGACACUGUUAUUUCUUCAUUCCCUUGAGAAACAGUUGAUGAGGAAGGUAGCGCGAUUAUAUUUUUUCCAACCCAAUCCUGUUACACCUUGAGCAUCUUGUGUUCAGAUAAUUAAAUAGGCUCUCUUCCACAGUCCUGUUUUCAGGCUUGAAAAUUCUGUACAGACCUCAUUAAGGGGGCUUGUGCAAGAGAGCUGUGAAUUGUGCCCGUAUUAUUUGUGUGUGCAUGUGUCCUUUCAAUGGGAUCAUCAGUCAGACGUUGAAUACUAUGCUAUUUAAAUAGGUGUCUUACUAAUGUAGUAGGAUCUUCUAAAAUCAGUCCAAAAAUACUGAUUGCCACAAGUUCUGAAACACUGAAUCUUUAAUGUAUAUUAAUAUCUUAAACUGGAAAGGAGCUGGGAUGCUGUAGAAGAACCCAUUUUCAAUUUGAAUUGGUGCCUUUUUGCAUCAGGUGUAAGUGCUGAACCUCCUAAAAAGUCAGUGUAAGAUUAUUUCAAGAGCCUACCACCAGACAUUGAAAUAUCUUAGGGUACAAUCCAGUAAGAAGUUAUCCUACACAAGUCCUGAUGAAAUAAAUAAGUUCCCAUUUAUAUUAGUGGAGUUUGUGCUAAUGAAAAUUUCACAGAGUUGUGCCCUUCAUCAUUCAGGAAAUGCUAACUUGCAUGUUAGUAUUAUAAAUAAGAACAUGCAUAUUGAUUCCAGUUUACUAUUAGAGGCUCAGGUUGAAUGGCCAAGAGCUUCAGGAACGCUAUAUGCUCUUGUCUUUGAGAAAUAGUGUCUUAAAAAUUCUCAGUGAGUUCUGUUUUCUCCAAGUGUCUGGACCCUGUGGGGACAAAUAGCCUGCUCUUUUUCUAGAAAGCAGAUAGCCAGUUCCCACACACUUCUCUAACAUGUUUUUUACAUUGAGAGACUGUUAAUAUUACAGGUAUAUUGUGUAUUACGCACUAGUCUGAUUCCUAAAGCGCAACUAUGUAUAACAAUUUUCCAAUUACCAAAUAGAAUAAGAAACCAUGUAGCAAUUCAUUGACAUGCAAUUUUUUCUUGUAUAUUUUGCUGUGUCUUAUGUGAUGCUGUUUCUGUAAGAAAUCCAGCAUGCACGUGUUGCUUUUUGAACUUAAAAGCAGAAUGAAUUAGUAGUUUUAACACUCAUUAAAUGUUUGCAAGAGCUGGUGUUGCUUGAAAGUGGUUGCAGUAGCAAGAAAGUGGUCAGCUACUUUUUUUUAGGAGCAAGCGUAAGAUAGGAUUGUUUUACAUUGCUUCUGAGGAAGGCAUUCCAGAAACUCAUUGGGAUUUUCUGCACUUUUGGAAAAAUCUUUUGUGCUGUGUGCACCUUGACCAGCCUAUGUGAAUUGCAACAAGGUGCAUCAAAAGCCUACCAAGCUCUCCUCUUCUUCAUGCGUACCCUUGAAAAAAAACCUACAUCAGCCUUCCCAAACCUGGUACCGUCCAGAUUGUUGUACUACAUCCCCCCAACAGCCCCAGCCAGUAUAAGAUGGAUGGAGCUUAUUGUAGUUCAGAACUUCUGGAGGGUGCCUGGUUGAGUAAGGCUGUCUUAGACAUAUAAACUUAAUGUAUAAACUAGUAGAUUUUAAAUCAUAAAUAAGAGUUUAAUUUAGUAAUUGGCCCAUCACUUUGAGUAAAGUAUUAUAGGAAUCACAAUUUGAAUUGCUAAGGGGAUCAAAACUGACUUGCUAAGACAGAAGGGCACUGCUUCAUUUUGAUAGGGUUCAGAUGUUACCCCUGCUGAAAGGUUGGAUCUCAUUUUGGUGAUGGUUUUGCUGAAUCUCAAAACAGGUUUAAAAGACUGUACAAAACUGGACAAUCAUUUUUCUUUUGCACAAAAAUGUAGCUUUAAAUAAUUAUAUUUAAAAAUCUUAAUUGAAACAAGUCUGUUGAUUUGUGCUGCAUAAUGAAGGGGCAUUGUCUUAAUUUUGCAGUCUAAUCACGUCACCUUGUAGAGACAGUGUUUGUAGUCUGACAGUAUUGCUGUAGGAUUCUGUAGGAUUAAGUGACUGCUGUUCUGUUGCCUGUUUGCAAGAUUUCCAACUGAACUUACAAAAUCACUUUUGCAUUUUGACAGAAGUACAGAGCCUAAAGAGGUUCAUCUACUGAUUUACUAGGUAUUGCUCUUUUGAAGGUGCACAGUCUUCUCAGAAUAGCAAGAUUCAAUGCCUGGUCUCAUUGAGGUGGUAACCUAGUGUGUCUGACCUAUAUCACUUUAGACUGCAGGUGGGGGUUUGCAUGACUGAAUGCAUAUUGGGUAGAAUGGAUGUAGGCUAGCCAUUUCCAUGACAUCUAGUAUUCUACAUGGAAGGAAUUGUUUUGUGGAAAAGAGCAUUCAUUCAUGUGAGUUUCUGUUUGCAGUUCAGCCCUGGUGCAGGUUUACCACCACAGUAAAAACUAGGGCAAACCUCAACUUGCUUGGGGCAAGGACUAUCUCUCUUUUUCAAAUUCUCCAAAAGGUUUGUCAUCCAAAUUCUUUAUAGUUUUUUUUUAAUGAAGUAGAAGAGGAGGCGGGCAGAACAUGUGUCUACUUGUGCUCAAUCUGCAACAAGUAGUUUGUCAACUGAAAAUAUGUAGCUGCAUACAAUGAGCAAUAACUAUUGGGUCUUGCUCUGACUCCCUUUGCAACAUCAUGUCAUCUGAUGAUUGUUCUGUCUAACACCUUAUUUUUAGCAGAAGUUGCUAAACUGUAUACCAUAAAUGUAACAUUUGAUAUAUUUCACAGUGCAUGGAAAUAAUGUAUUAAAAGCUUAAUGAACAGCUGUCUGAACAAUCAACACAAACCUUUCUUUCCACUUAACUGUCAACCUUUUGGUUUGUUCCCCCCUCCCCCAUUGGACACUAUCUGAAAGGAUUAAUGAGUAUUGGUCUUGCCUUGUAGCAUUGGUCACAUGUCAUUUGCUAGCUGUGGCGCUUUCUGAGGAAAUGUACAAAAAUCCAUGGAAAUGUGAAUAAACAAAUGGGAGAUGUUAA